AUGAUGUACCUGAUGAGGCCCAAUCGUGCUGGCAAGAAACAGAGAUCUAAACAGGAAGCUGCGCUAAUUUUGUCUGAACUUCUGCAGGAACACUGGAUUUACUGUAAUAUAUAUACGAUCCGCACAGGACACAUUCAAACUAACAUACUGAAACUGUAUAUGGAAUUCACUAAUCUGAUACAGACAAGAAAAAGUCGUCGGAAUGAAAGUUAUUAUGAGAAAGUUCGACAAUUCAAUGAAAAUCGUGGCAAACUGUUUGACAUAUUUUGUGAGGACCAGGACAGUCGAAAGCGUUUGGAGAAUGCAUACGGUGUGAACAUGAUGGGGAAUGAAUGGGCUUUUCUCACUGACCAAAGAAACCAGCGUGUAAUGUACUGUGAACAUUUCAGAAGUGGGAAAAGACAAUGGAAAGGCGGCGUUAUGAUCUACAAUCUUUAG